GUACCAAGCGGCGGCGCGGGCGGGGGUGCGCGGGCGUGGCCGGAUGCCGGCGGCGCGGCGGGCGCUGUGGCCGGGCUGCGAGCGGCGCAGGAUGAAGGUGCUGGUGGCGGCGGCGGCGCUGGGCGCGGCCCUCCUGCUCCUGCUGCCCGCGGCCUCCCGCGCCGACGAGCGCAAGAAGGGACCCAAGGUCACCGCCAAGGUGUUCUUCGACCUGCGGAUCGGUGAGGAGGAUGCCGGCCGUGUCGUCAUCGGGCUCUUCGGCAAGACGGUGCCCAAGACGGUGGAGAACUUCAUGGCCCUGGCCACCGGAGAGAAAGGAUUUGGCUUCAAGGGCAGCAAGUUCCACCGUGUGAUCAAGGACUUCAUGAUCCAGGGAGGAGACUUCACCCGCGGCGACGGCACCGGAGGAAAGAGCAUCUACGGGGAGCGUUUCCCUGACGAGAACUUCAAGCUGAAGCACUACGGGCCAGGCUGGGUGAGCAUGGCCAACGCUGGCAAGGACACCAACGGCUCCCAGUUCUUCAUCACCACCGUGAAGACGCCGUGGCUGGACGGGAAGCACGUGGUGUUCGGCAAAGUGCUGGAGGGAAUGGACGUGGUGAGGAAGGUGGAGGGCACAAAGACAGACAGCCGGGACAAGCCCCUCAAGGACGUCACCAUCGUCGACUGUGGCACCAUCGAGGUGGAGAAGCCGUUUGCCAUCGCCAAAGAGUGACGGGACCAGGCCCUGCCGGGCUGGGAGGGGCUGGGGGACGGGGCUGCCAGGCUUCCCCUGCCCUGGGACCACCGGGUCCUGCUGGGUCCCAGUGCCCAGCCCCUCGCCCCGCUGCCUCCAGCCACUGGGACAGGGCACAGGCUGCUCUUCCAUCACUUUUGUAAGAAGCACAUGCACCAAUAAAUGUGACCAAUGUGUUUUUUAAAAA